GGUAUAGCCUCGUUUUGGUUUCAUAGUAAACAGUGCAGCAUGCCAUCAUUGAUUUCAAAAUGUAGUUCAUUUGACAGACUGACAGCAGAGGUCGAUUUAUGAGAAACAAUCCCAGAAUUGUAGACUAAAUGUAUACAGACAUAACUGUGAAGUUACCUACAUCAACAAAGACUACGGAUUCGUGGCGGAUAGUCCGCCAAAACGUAGAUUUCACCAAAACCGACAAAGGAUGUACUCAUCAAAUGUUUGAAUGAAUGAAUGAAUACUGGCAUGCAUCAAAAUUUACACGAUAUUCUUCAGAAAUGCACAAUCGUCUUGUUUAUCGGCCUUGUCUUAGUAGACUGCCAGGACACAAAUAUAGCAAGUGUAACUUGCACAGAAAACGGCUGCAGUGGUACUCUAGGUGUGACUGCACAAGUAGUACAUAGCAACAGCAUUUACGCCACUAGUGAACCAGUAUCCAUAACAACUAACGAGAACAGUGUGUCACAGACAGAAACAACCACAGGUCAAUAUGUGCCACAUUCUGCAUCAUAUUAUGAAGAUUCUAUAUCAGUUGCAUCAGCAGCAGUUUUAUAUUCAGUGUCAUCAUCAUCAUCAUCUUCAUCAUUGCUAUCUUCAUUGUUAUUGUCACACCAAAUAGCAUCUGCGUCGCAAAGCACAGAUGUGUACCCCAGUGCAAGUGAUACAACCAUUGGUGCUCAGCAAACUAAGUCAUUUUCAGAAUCUAUGCAAACUUACGCAGACUCAGCUUUUGUAACUCCUUCCGCAAAAAAGACUGCUACUUACUUAUUCCAAUCAGAUGUCAUGCCAUCAAGCUUUUCACAAAAUGGAGAGUCACUUGCAAACUUUCAAUCUGCUACAAGUGGGUUUAUAAGUGUUGAAGAUUCAACUCUUUUACAUCAAAGGGCUGCAUCUGUGAAGACCUUUACAGACUUGAAUCAAGCACUGACUUCUUCAAGUAUCGAAACAUCAUAUUUUUCACAUUUUGCUUCAAGCAUGACAGAAAUGCUAUCACAGGAAGUAACAGUUGCUACAACGGAUGGGGUGGAGACAUCACAAAUUGCUCAAACAAUGACAUAUUUUGCCAUGUCAGUCGAAAGUGCCAAUGCAGUAAUAUCAACAUCAGGUGUAGUGGAUGUUUCUACAAAGACCAGCAAAGAUUUUAGUAGGACAAUUGAUACAGGACCAAUUAAUAGUGUCACAGACAAUGUGACAGCUACCGUAGUAACCGUAAUGCCAACAUCCACAUCAUUAACAACCCAGUCAAACAGUGUUGGAGGUGAAAGCAAUAUAACAACAACAACAACUGCAGCUGUAUUGUCAACAUCGACAACAACACAGCCACAGAAUCAGACUAAUUCAAGCCUUGAAACAACAACAGGAUUCACAAUAAAAAUAACUACAGAACUUUUUAUGAAUAGAACUGCAUCAUUAACAUCUGAACCAAAAAAUGUGACUCUUGGAAGCAAUGAAUCAACUACUAUGGUGUCUAUAUUGUCAACAGCAGCAACAGCACAAUUACAGAAUCUGACAACUGGGAGCAGUACAACAACAGAGAUUUCACUACAAAAUACAACUGCAGCAUUAACAACAGAAUCAAGGAACAUGACUGUAGGUAGUGAUGGGUCAACAACAACAGUUUUGCCAGUGACCACACAAUCUUCCAAUGGCAGUAGUGAUACAGCAACAAAUGACAUGCAAACAACCACAGAAGGAAAUUCAGUUGUCGCAACAUCAACUCAGUCAUUGAAUAUCACUGUUAAUAGUAUUACACCAACAACUUUGCCCUCAAAUACAACUGUUGGUAAUGUAACACCAACAGCUGGCUUGAUACUGGAAACAACAGAAGGAACUCGCAGUACAGCCAUGAUGUUAACAACACCAGGGACGGCAAAUGCAGACAAUGUUACAGUAGUAAGCAAUGAAACAUCUGGCCUUGAAACGACAACUGGCUUUAACCAUGAAACUACAAAGGAGAUCCAAAAUGCAUCUUCAUUAUUAACAGAAACACCAAAUAAAAUACAAAACACGACUGUUGCAUCAACUGCAGCAACAACUGUUGGUUUGCAAACAACAAAUGGAAUGCAAAACACCACUGUAGCAACAACUUUUGGUUUAGCAACAACAAAUGGAAUGCAAUAUACUUCUGUAGCUGCAACAACAGAAACAACAACAGCUAGCUUAGAAACAACAAGUAGAAUGCAAAAUAUUACUAUAGCAGCAACAAAAGAAGCAACAACUGUUGGCACAGAAACAACAACUGUAACACAAAAUACAACAGUGGCAGAAACACCCAAAGCAACAACUAUUGUUUUAGAAACAACAGAGAGAAUGCAAAAUACUACUGUUGCAGCAACAACUGAAGUAACGACUUUUGGCACAGAAACAACUAAUAGAAUGCAAAAUUCUACUAAAGCAGCAACUUCAGAAGCAACAACUGAUGUUUCAGAAAUAACAAAUGGAACACAAAAUAUUACUGUAGCAGCAACAACUGAAGCAACAACAAUUGGCAAAGAAACAACUAAUAGAAUGCAAAAUUCUACUGUAGCAGCAACUGAUGGUUUAGAAAUAACAAAUGGCACACAAAAUGCUACUAUUGCAGCAACAACCGAAGCAACAAGUGUUGGUUUACGAAUGGAUGGAACACAAAAUACUACUGUAGCAGCAACAACUGGUAGUUUAGAAAUUAGAAAUUUAACACAAAAUUCUACUGCAGCUGCAACUACGGAAACAACAACUGUUGGCUUAGAGACAACAAAUAGAAUGCUAAAUACUACUGUUAAAACAAUAACAGAAACAGCAACUUUUAGUAUAGGAACAACAAAUGGAAUUCAAAAUAUUACUCUUACAUCUACAACAGCAGAAUCAACUGUAACACAAAAUACUUCUGGAGCAGCAGUAACAGAAGCAACAACUGAUGGUUUAAAAACAACAACUGUAACACAAAAUACCACGGUAGCAGCAACAACAGGUGGUUUAAAAACAACAACUUUAAAACAAAAUACUACUGUAGCAGCAACAACUGAGGGUUUAAAAACAACAACUGUGACACAAAAUACCACUGUAGCAGCAACAACAGAAGCAACAACUGUUGGUUUAGAAACAACAACUGUGACACAAGAUACCACUGUAGCAGCAACAACAGAAGCAACAACAGGUGGUUUAAAAACAACAACUGUGACACAAAAUACCACUGUAGCAGCAACAACAGAAGCAACAACAGGUGGUUUAAAAACAACAACUGUGACACAAAAUACCACUGUAGCAGCAACAACAGAAGCAACAACAGGUGGUUUAAAAACAACAACUGUGACACAAAAUACCACUGUAGCAGCAACAACAGAAGCAACAACAGGUGGUUUAAAAACAACAACUGUGACACAAAAUACCACUGUAGCAGCAACAACAGAAGCAACAACAGGUGGUUUAAAAACAACAACUGUGACACAAAAUACCACUGUAGCAGCAACAACAGAAGCAACAACAGGUGGUUUAAAAACAACAACUGUGACACAAAAUACCACUGUAGCAGCAACAACAGAAGCAACAACAGGUGGUUUAAAAACAACAACUGUGACACAAAAUACCACUGUAGCAGCAACAACAGAAGCAACAACAGGUGGUUUAAAAACAACAACUGUGACACAAAAUACCACUGUAGCAGCAACAACAGAAGCAACAACAGGUGGUUUAAAAACAACAACUGUGACACAAAAUACCACUGUAGCAGCAACAACAGAAGCAACAACAGGUGGUUUAAAAACAACAACUGUGACACAAAAUACCACUGUAGCAGCAACAACAGAAGCAACAACAGGUGGUUUAAAAACAACAACUGUGACACAAAAUACCACUGUAGCAGCAACAACAGAAGCAACAACAGAUGGUUUAGAAACAACAACUGUAACACAAAAUACCACUGUAGCAGCAACAACUGGUGUUUUAGAAACAACAAGUAGGAUCCAAAAUACAACGUUAAUGUUGACAACACCUACACAAACUCAGGCUACAUCAGCUGUGAGAAAUGAAACAACAGCAGCACAAUUUACUGCACAAGCUGUAGCAACCACAACUACAGCAUUAACAACAACAACAGUGUCAACAACAACUGUAAAAUCAACAACUACCACUGGUUUGGUGUUAUCCACUGCUUUAGUAAUAGAAGAGGUGACUUUGAAUACUACAGAAGAAUUGAAAGAGUAUUGGGUAGAAACAGUGCUUUCAGUGCCAGAAAAUAUCAAUGUGUCCACGUAUGAGUUUAGAAAUGACAUGGAAACAAAGCUAUCCAGAUUGUACUUUGAUGCCUUCAAGAGGGAAGAGCAGAUCAACAAUGGCACAUUUGUGUCAAAGGCUAGGAAAAAGCGAGCUGUGAUGUACGAGGAAAAUAACCAGAACCUCACAGUACAGGUUAUUGACAUCAGCCGUGGGUCAGAGCAGCCGAGCAAUGUGGAUGUUGUUUACUACAUGGAGAAGGAUGGAUACCUUGUACCUGCACAGUCAGCUGUGAAUGUUUUGAAUCUCUACAGUGAGCAGGAGCUGGCUUUGCAAUAUUUCAACUACUUGGUUGUCUCCAAGGCAAAAGUGUAUGAUCCUCCUGCAGUCAUUGUACCAGACCCUCCCCAGUACUGGAUCAUAGGAGUAGUCGUGGGCAGCAUUGUGGGCUUUGUCCUCAUCGCCUGGCUCAUCCUGUUCAUCUACUUCAAGUGUGUCAAGCCUCCUGAUCCAGGAAAAACACCACGAACUCCACGCAGCAGGCGGAGGCACUCCAGACAGCUCCACAUUGGGGAGCCAGAGCUGAUGGGAGUGAAGAAGCUCCACACUGCUGAUCUCACCAGUGUCAAAACCAAUGGAUUCACUCAAAUUGACAAAGAAACUGCCUCACAGAGAAGUGAACCACCCAUGGUGGAACCACCCCCAAAAAGAAAUUAUCUCGAAAGGAAACCAGAAAGCCGUCCUCCUGACAUUCCUCCUUUAGAUCUCAAUGGAAUAGAGCAGGGUCCCUCAGAGGCUGUGUAUGCUAAUGUCAGCAGGCCACCCAGAAGACCUGUGCCAAAGAAACACAGGACACCACAGAAGGAUGAUGAUGAUGGAUUAGCAAGUGACACACUUACACAUGUAUCAGAAGAAUCAGAAGUGCCCAGAAGGAGAAAACCUCCCAAAAAACCUUCAAGAAAAAGAACUCCAAGAAGAAGCCAAGCAGCACCCACAGAUUCUACCUUCUCUCAACCGUCUCCUGAAGAACCUCCUGUGACUUAUCGCUCUAGUCACCAGCUUAAACUGCCGCCACUUACACAGAAACCUUUGGUGGGGCCGAGCCUGUACGAUCAACUUCAGGAACAACAAAAGGUUGAAGAUACUAUAAGGAGAAAAACAGAUAUGGAAAAGCAAAGGAAUAAGCAGAGGCUAAGAAAAAGAAAAGUCCCAAAAGACCCAUACUUGCGUGCCCAGGCUGAGAUAGAUGCAGUCUUAGCUGGUUCAGAGCAAGAGCUUCUUCCAGAGUCUGACCGAGACAGAAAGCACAGACGAAGGAAACCACCACCAAAACCAAAGAGAAGAAAAGCCCCAUAUGAUCACGAGGAGAUUGAGUUGAGAGAAGGAAUUCCACCAUCUACAUCCGAUGCAGGGUACACUGAGACAGAAACUGAGCUGGAUCAGCCUGAAUCUCUGGACGACACCCGUAAAAAGAUACACCGAUUGCUUGAUGAUGCUUUUGCACUCAUUUCACCAAAGCAUGGGAACAAAGUAGCUCCUCACACAGCUACAAACGGAAGACCCAUCCCUGGUUCUAGCCUUAGGAGAGGCAGAAAUCAGGCUGUCAGGUCUACACAGACCACUCCUAAACAAUCAGAUAGAGAUGAUACUAGCUCUGAGCAGCCAGAAAGAUUAUUUGAGUUAAGUCCAAGGCUGAACACAGAAGAAUACAAAAGCGGUGAUGCUGAGUCACUGAAACCAGAGACUGUCCACACCCCCAUGUACAUAGCUAGACAUCCCCAGCCCAAGGCCUAUGCUGGGGUGAUGUGGAGUCCAUACACAGUAGAUGAUGAAGCUGCCAGGGUGUCACCAACCAAGGAACCAGCUUCCAUACCUCCUGGUGGCAUUGACACAUCCCCGAUACACAGUCUGAAGCUUGGACAGACGGAUCAACCAAGUCCUGAGUUAUCAGUAGGUCAAGGUCACCAGUCAAGGUCAGACAGGGGUUACAGUGACCCAGCGGGUAAAGCCUGGGAACCUUACAAUAACCGAAGAGCUCUGAUACCUGAUGAUUACACUAGUCUGACAUUUGGAACUGCUCAGUUAGCACCCUCUGCAACGAGGCCAAGAGUCCAAACUCCUCCCCAUGGAAGGGAGAGGACUGGUGCAACAGAUUCAAAUAAUGAUUCUUUGAUACAUAAUGAAAGUAAUGGUGAGGCCUUUCAUCCUCUAAGGACAACAUCUAAAGGGGCACAACCUUUCUCAUUUGACAACCAAACUCUGAACUCUUCCACAUACAUAUCACCAGCCUCAAGCAUGCACUCCAAAAACCCAAUACUGUCACAUAGCAUGGGAGGAAGUAGGAUUCAGCCAAAUGCAAGUGUUCAUGCAUCCCCUCCUUACAGACGAAGCAACUCAAUAGGGGGUCCCAUAGAGGAUGGGCAGGACGAGAUAGAUGUGAUAAGUAGCAGUCUUAAGCCUGGCUCAUCUGCCCAACCCCUGAUUAAGUCCAUUAGAGAGGAACUGCUGAGGUUAACACAAAGGAGAACACCUGUAAAGGAGUUUGAUAGUUAACUGAUAUUUAUACAGCAAGGAAAUUUAUACUAUUUUAGUAUUUAUCGAUUUGUGCAUUUGAAAGUGAUGUCACUGAUUUUUAUGCAUUA